AUGCAGGCCGGCGUCUGCAAAUACCAUAGAAGUGAACAAGUGUGUUAUUUGUACUCCUUUGAACUACUUCAAGGAUAUCGCUGUGUUCACAGUUUUGAUCGUCAGCGACGUUUAGAGUUAUUCCGAAAUGAACAGUACAGACAAGUUAUGGCUUAUGAACAAAGUGUUACAAAGGUGUUUUGGACAAUUGAAGAACAAACAAGAAGUGAUACUACGAAAGUAUUGAUGAAUCACAACAUUUCAACUUAUCGGGAUUGUAUCAAACAUCUCUCGAGAUUAAAAGCUGAUCGUAUAGCAUUGGCAUAUGUGAACGGCAGUUAUAAAUCAAUGAGAGAAAAAUUAUUAGGUAAUGGAACGAUGACUCCUUUGGAAUAUAACUGUCAAGACAAACUUCAUGCUGAUGCCGUGAAUAAGGCUUGUUGUCACUUGCGUUUUAAAUUCUCUAUUGCUUACUGGCGAACAUGUUCAUUUGUGUUGGGUGCUAUUCUUGAAGAAGCAUUUGCUACUGAUGUGCAGCUUAUUGGUCCUUCAAAAGGUGAUUUGUUUGCUUUAACUGAAAAAGCAGUCGGCGAAUUCAUUAGAAAGCCAUUGACAAUAGAACCGUUGUUUGUAUCUUUAGAAUUUGCAUUAGAUGUGUUCGCUUCAAAUGUAUGCAAGCAGGAAAUGGUUCACGAAAUGAAGCAUCAAAAUGAAAAUGGGCAACUUGGAGUUGUUAUUUAUCAAAUGAGUGAUUUUGUAGACAUAACAUACGGACCCUUAAUACCAUGCACUGCUCAUAUUGGCAAAUUUGCUAUAACUAAGGUCGAGAAUGAAAAAUCUGAUUACCGAUUUAUCGGUGUGUCGAUUCCUAGAGAAUUGAGGUGCUCGUCAUAUUCUUGGGAUAUAAUUUGUAACGCUUCAACUGUGACUCAUGGAGGGGAAGAAAGAUUGCUUCAUGCUUCUACCUGA